AUGAGGAAUCUCUCGGUGGUGUCCGAAUUCAUCCUGCUGGGCAUCCCUCACAUGGAGGGUCUGGAGACUAUUCUGUUGGUCCUGUUUUUGUCCUUCUACAUCUUCACCCUUAUGGGGAACCUGCUCAUCUUGCUGGCUAUUGUCUCCUCUGCUCGGCUUCAUACGCCCAUGUACUUCUUCCUGUGCAAGCUGUCUGUUUUUGACAUAUUUUUCCCUUCUGUGAGUUCCCCUAAGAUGCUGUGCUAUCUUUCAGGGAACAGCCGAGCCAUCUCCUAUGCAGGCUGUGCAUCCCAGCUCUUCUUCUACCAUUUCCUGGGCUGCACUGAGUGUUUACUGUACACGGUGAUGGCCUACGACCGCUUUGUUGCCAUUUGUCACCCUCUACGCUACACCAUAAUCAUGAGCCACAGAGCGUGUAUCAUCCUAGCCAUGGGGACCUCAUUCUUUGGCUGCAUUCAGGCCACCUUUCUGACCACUCUCACCUUCCAAUUGCCUUACUGCGGCCCCAAUGAAGUGGACUAUUAUUUCUGUGAUAUCCCAGUCAUGCUGAAGCUGGCUUGUGCAGAUACCUCAGCCCUGGAGAUGGUGGGGUUCAUCAGUGUGGGCCUCAUGCCCCUCGGCUGUUUCCUUCUCAUCCUCACCUCCUACAGUGGCAUCGUCUUCUCCAUCUUGCAGAUCCACUCUGCCGAGGGCCGACGCCAUGCCUUCUCCACCUGCAGCGCCCACCUCACCGCCAUCCUGCUUUUUUACAUGCCAGUGGUCCUCAUUUACCUGAGGCCUACCCCCAGCCCCUGGUUGGAUGCAACUGUUCAAAUUCUGAAUAACCUGGUCACCCCCAUGCUGAACCCCUUAAUCUACAGUCUCAGGAAUAAGGAGGUGAAAUUAUCACUAAGGAAGGUCUUAUAUCAGCUGGGCUUCCUUCCUGAGCAGUUGUAG